AUGGAGAUCGACUGGGCGUCGGGCACGGCGUUGCACCAGGCGUGCGCGUCCUUCGACGUCGACCUCGUCGAGGAGCUCGUGGAGACCUGCGACGUCGACGCGAGAAUCCAGCCCGGGAAUUUCACGGCGCUCAUGCUGUCGUGCAUCGCCUUCAGUUGGGCCCUCAUGGUCACGCCCUGCGACGAGGACGUCGUCGCCAUCCUCGAGGUGCUGCUCGCCGCCGGCGCCGACGCGACGCUCGUCGACGACCAGCUCUCCACGGCGCUGAACCACGCGGUUUCCAGCAACUGCAACGGCGCGGCGCGGACGCUCGUCGACGCCGCGCCCUGCUGCCUGUCGCGGCGCGACGCGCUCGGCUGGCAGCCCCUGCACUACGCCGUCGAGCUCGGCCACGGCGAAGCGUUGCGCGCGCUCCUGGACAAGCGCGCGCGCCACGUCGCCGACGUCAACGCCCCGGCGACGCCGCACGCGCCCUCGAAGGCGGACCCCUGGUCGGAAACGACGGGCCUCACGGCGACGCACGCGCUCUGCCUCCGGGGCCGCGUCGGGCUGCUGGGGCUGCUGCUGCGGGACCACGGCCUCGAUCCCAACCCGCCGCCGUCGGCGCUCGGCGUCACGCCGCUCCACUGCUGCGCGUGGCAGAAGCGGCGCAAGUGCGCGGAGGUGCUCCUGCGGUCGAGCCGCGCCGCGGCCGCGGCCGUCGACCGGACGGACGCCGACGGCCGCACGCCGGGCGACGUCGCGGCCCACUGCGGCCACGCGACGGUCGCCGCGGUUCUGGAAAGACGAGGCCUAAAAGUCGGCGACGCCGUCGUCGUCGCGGGCCUCGUCGCCGCGGCCCGCUACAACGACCGCGCGGGCGCCGUCGUCGGCGACCUCCUCGACGGCCGCUUCGCCGUCCGCGUCGGCGGCGCGACGAUCCGCGCGAAGCCCGCGAACCUACGCCUCGCGCGGCCCGGCGUCGACCCCGUCGCCGUCGACGCGAUCGACGGGAGGCCCUGGACGCUCGGCGACUACGAAGCCGACCCCGACGAGCUCUGGAUCAAGAAUUUGGACAUGGGCGAGCUCCGACGCGUCGCGGCGAACCUCGGCCUCGACGCCGUCGACGACCGGCGGCUCCUGGAGACGCUCGUCCGCGGCCGGUGGCGCCGGAGGCCCGAGGACGCGCCGCCGCCGCCGCCGUCGCCGAAGCCGGAGCCGGAACCGCCGAAGCCGCCGAAGCCGCCGCGGCCGCGGCUGCGCUUCGCGCCCGGCGACGACGUCGAGGCCUACGUGUCCGGCGCCUACGCGGACGGCGUCGUCGCGCGCGUCUGGUACGAGCUCACGCCGGCCCAGGUCCUCGCGCGCUACGGCGACCGGCCGCCCGCGGACGCGGCCGUGCCCUACGUCGUCGUCCUCGUCCCGAGCGGCGACUCCGUCGUCGUCGACGCGGACGACCCCAGUUUGCUCCGGCCGCGCAUGCCGAAGCUCCGCUUCAGGGUCGGCGACCGCGUCGCCGCGCGCACGCCGACGGGCGACACGCCCGGCGAGAUCGUCCGCUGCUGGUACCGCGAGCGCGACUGGCCGCCGGAGAAGUGGGCGGCCUACCAGGUGAAGCUCGCCGUCGGCGCGCUGACCUACGUGCCCACGGACGACGACAACACGGUCCGCCUGUUGCGGCCCGACGAGCUCGCGACGGGGCUCAUCAGUAGUUAG